AAAAUGUGAUCACUAAAGGCUAGACUAGUUCUCACUAACCAGAAUGUUCAGUGUGUGGUAUGCGCCUGUGAAACUUGCAUGUCGGCUGACACACACCAUAUGAUCGCAUAAUUCGCCUUUACUUUCUUGUGCAACAUGGUGAGAUUCUAAAAAUAUUAUCUUCACAUUUACAAAAUGAAAUAAUAAGAGUAUAUUGGAAAGUUCAAGAAUUAUAUAUAUGUGACAUAGACAGAUGCUUCCUUUUGUUGCAAUAAUUGGAAGUCAGGUUUUUAUACAGCUUGCCGAAGAACUUGCAUACAGAUCGAUUCAAUUCUUCAUCAAUUCAACUCCAUUUGGAGACGAGCUUUUCUUCUAACUACACAAGAAACUUUGCAAUUGAAUGCUGCCUGAUCUGCAGUACCAAAAGCACAUGACAGUUUUACUCAGUUUGUGUGUUUAGCCAGAUGAUGCAAAAAGAAAGAUGUUCAACAAUACAUCAGGAAGAAAAGACUUUCAAGCAAAGCAAGAAGGCGAUAACAAUGAGCAGAUCAUGUUACCAAAGUAUACAACAACUUCAAGACAAUGGGCAGGUUUGAAGAACCCAAGGAUAGUAAGGGUAUCCAAGGCUUUUGGAGGUAAAGAUAGACAUAGCAAGGUUUGCACAGUAAAAGGAUUGCGAGACCGAAGAAUUCGGCUUUCUGUUCCUACGGCUAUUCAGUUGUAUGAUCUUCAAGAUAAGCUAGGGUUAAGCCAACCUAGCAAGGUCAUAGACUGGCUGCUUGAUUCAACCAAAGAUGAUAUUGAUCAGCUGCCACCCCUCCCGAUGUUGUUUGGAGAUCAUUUUAAUCAAUUCCAUCCAGUACUACCAACAACCUUAAUUCCUCAAGAUUUGAACUCACCUCAAAUUUCUUUCUCUCAACUUCUUAAAGCUCAAAAUCCAACAUUUGUGAAAGAUGACAUCAAUGGAGAUCAUCAAAGAAAGAAAGGAAAAGAAGCGCUAGUCGAAAACAAGCCAUACGAACACGAAAAUGGAGGUUUGAACUUUUUUCCUAUACCUCAAUAUUCUUAUAAUUCAGGAUUGUUUCCAUACAACCCUUAUUCUAAUUGGGAACCUUGUUCAAAUGUUUCAAUACCUCAAUUUGGAAACCAAGGACUAGUUUCCUCUCAAACUGAUUCUUCAAUGACCCUCCCAUCUGCAUCCCAGUUAUUGUUGGGUCCUCCUACUGCCAUCACACCUUCAGCUUUCCCUCCAUUUAUCAUGCCUAAUUUAGGAGAGAAUCAUGAUCUUGCUAGACAAAAUAAUUACUUCCAUUUGUUAAGCUCAAGUUCCCAACAUGUACCACCAAAUUCGCUCAUGCCAUUCUUUAACCUGAGUGAUUCUCAUGAGAAAGUACCCUUUGGUUUGGAUGCACAUAACAAAAAUGAUAGGUGAUCUUCUUUAAUCGAGAUGACAAAGACAUGAUUUCAUAUCCUUCAUAGUUUUCAUUAUCCGAUACAUAUAUACAAUUUCUUGUAUUUAAUAUUAAGGGUGUGUAAUAUAUCCAUACAGAUUUAUGCAGGUGUUUGAACUCCUUGAUGUUGUGGUUAUAUUUGUUUAGAUUCCCUUUCAAA